AUGUCUGAAAAAGUUGAAAGUAAAGUGAGGAAUAACAUGGCCGUUGGAGAGAUAAAAUGUCGGACGUCGAGGAGUGUUGCCGACGUCAGCGCCCCUAGCGAGGAGCAGAUAAAGUUAGAGACCGAGAUUGCCACCAGGGACGUGAGUCGCGUUAUUGAACAGUUGGACAAAAAGCGAAAAACCAGGCGGAGAAAAACGAAGAGAAAAGCACCAUACAGCAAAUCCAUGGAGGUCAGAGGUAAGAAAAGUAUUAAACCUCGCAGUUACAAACAACCAGUGGCUCCAUAUAAUUCAAAUCAAUUUCUUAUAGAAGACCAUAACGACUUGCAAGAUUUUGAUGUUAAACUUAUGGCUGUUUCUGCAGCAAAUAGGGCUGAUAAUCCUGAAGCAGAAACACAAAGGACGGGUCGUGUUAGGGAUGCUAGUUUUACCAGUGCUGAAUCUGAUCAAGAAUUUUAUUCAUCACCGGAAGACGAAGAGGAAUUUCUUACAAAAGAAUUCUCCAACACCUAUCAAGAUCUGCAUGUGGAAAGCUUAGCAGCUAUGUCUAAGUCAGACUUGAUUCAAACUGUUUUACAACUUGAAGAAAAAAUUGACUCCCUUGAAAAGAGGUUAGGUGGUAGGAACAACAGUGAUGAAAAUGUGACUGAAAAUAAUACCUCAAAUGAAAAAGAAAACCAUUUUCAAUCAGAAAUAUGCAAACUUCUUAAGGCCAAUGAACAACUUCUCCAUGAGAACGAAAAGCUUCGGCAGCAAACAAGAAAAUUGACCCCAGAAAGUUCAGCAGAUUCUGAAAGUGAUAGUUCUAGUUCAUCGGAAUCUAGUGAAAUGUCGGACAGUGAAACCGAGGUUGACAUGCCAUAUCAACAGAUGAAUGGUGAUAUUAAUUCUGAAACGGACAUUAAAAUGGAAUCAGACAAUGUGACAUGA